GUGAGUGUGUGCAAAAGAAGCAGUAAUGAUGAAGUGCUUGUAUCUUAUAUCUGUUGUGUUUCAUGUAGCUGCAGGCUGUGCUCUUUCUGGUGAAUAUAACACAGAAAUCACACAACACAAAGGUGGUUCAGUGCUGUUACCCUGCUCCUGCUCUGACCUGCUCUCCAAACCUCAGAAACUCACCUGGGAGACCUUCAGAACAGGACGUCUGACUGAAGUGUUAAAUGAUGAACACUACCGUGGCAGAUAUCAGCUGUUUAAUAACAUUUCUCCUGCUAAUCUGUCACUACUCAUAUCUGACCUGAGAGAAGAAGAUCAGGGAGUCUACAGGUGCAGCACUGAGAAGGAACACAGAGACUUCAGUCUUUAUGUUAAAGGCUGUGAGCUGGUGAAGAAGACAGGGGUAGAGGAGGUGACUGGGUUCAUAGGAGAGUCUGUAGUUCUGCCCUGCGUCUGCACUGACCUACAGGACGACCCGAAGAGGGUAACAUGGAAGUUUAAUAAAAACAAUCACUUUCAGGAAAUUUACUCUAAACAGACUGGAAAUCACAGUAACAGAGUGAAACUGGUCAGUAAAAACCCUCCAGGAAACCUCUCUCUACUCAUAUCAGACCUGACUGAAGAGGACCAGGGAACCUACACAUGUUCUGCACAGGCUGAUCACAGAAAUCUGAGACUGUCUUUUAAAGGAAGAAGAGAAACUUCAACACAAUCGAGAAAAACAGACAAAACACCUCCAUCAGAACAGCCUCAGAGUAAAACAACAACCUCACCACCUUCAUCCUCAACAACACAAGGAAAACAACCAACUUCAACCACAUCAAGGACAACAGACACAACACGUACAUCAGUACAUCCUCAGAGUACAACAACAAAGUCUCCUGCAUCAUCCUCAACAACACCAGAACAAGUUAACCAGUCCAGCAGCCUCCUUCUAGUUUUUGGCAUUGUGGCAGUUUUACUGUUGGUGAUACCCGGUGUAGUGGUGUUUAUUUGUUGGAGACACAGAGCAGGAAGAAGUGGAGAGAACAUGAUUACUGAAGGAUGUCUGGAUCGUAAAGGAAAUCAGAAAGAUCAGAAUGUGCCUGAUGUCACUUACUCUACUGUAUCCCAUGUAAACACAGCUGGAGCAGCACGGGUCCAGAUCAUCGAUGGAGACGAAACUGAAUACGCUCGCAUUAUAACAAACUAAUCAACAAUGAAUACAGACGCUCCCCAAGUUACGAACAAGUUAUGUUCCGAACAAAUUAGUUUGUAAGUUGUUACUGUUCGUUAAUGACUACGCAUAUCUCCUAAUGAUGUAAGAGCUAUAAAUACUAUCAAAUAAACAAUAAAAUAUACUAAAACAAAUCGAAAUUAAAAAUAUUAUUAAAAUAAAAAAAAUUGCUUAAAAUGUAUUCUCCCGAGUCCAGAGAUCAUGUAGACUCGUUACGGUCGACGACUAGCUAGCGGUGACUCUCCUCCGUUUCGAUUUUUCUCGACUCCGAGGACAGGUUUGUUCGUAUCUGCAAAAUUUUGUAAAGUGGGGACCGUCUGUAUAUAAAAUAAUGCUGAAAACUCACAGUAUGUUAGGCACAAAAAAGUCUUCUUAUUCCCUCCAGUGUUUCUUGUUUUCCCGUGAUCACGACUUAAUUUUCUUGUGAUCUUAACAUAACUAAAGUUGUUUUCUCAUGAUCAGUACUUCAUUUUGGUGUAUUCGGCAUAAGAUGUUCUAGAAGCAGCAUAAUGGGUAAUAACCAUUACGUUCGUGGCAGUGGGUGUGGGCUUGUGGUGGAGCCUCGGUGCGGUUUAUAUCGAAAUCAUGAGGAAAUUAAGUCGUGAUCAUUAGAAAACGAAAAAGAAAAAAAAUUCAAUGCAUCGCAUCUUUGAACUUCCAUAGCAAUCCCUACUGCAGAUUCAGGCUUAGGGUUAGUUUUUAGUUUUUUUUAUCUAGUAACGGAUAUAAUUUAAAUUGUAGUUAAGUACGAUAUUUUAAAUGAAAAAUACUUAAGUACAAGGAAAAUUACAGAUUUUAUCAACUACUUUACAAAGUAGAAGUACACAAAAAAAAUACUAUUUAAUUACAAUAACGUGAGUAAAUGUAAUUUGUUACUUUCCACCAAACAAACUUACAGCUAAUGUACAUCAUGGGGUGCUCCCCACUUGGGAUACAGCCCCCAGCCCCUUCUACAUAGCGGCCAUCUGUAAAAUGAAAGUGGAGAGAAAUGUGGCCCACCACAGAGUACAACUUCUCCCUGAGUGAAAACCUGUUAGCAUGACUCAAACCAUUGGACCAAUCGUGUGCUUCUCUUUUAGCCAGUCAGUCAGUAAUUAGUAACAUCAGAAUAAUUAUGCACAAACCUAAAACAGUAGCCCACCAGCCAACCACCAGAAACCUGGGGUAUCAAGCAUGCCGCCAUUUCUUUGAUUUAUGGACACACCUGCCCAGGACCCAAGUGGAAGCACAGAUAUCUUGCUUCGACUUGUCAAUUUGCACACUUGUGUGAGGGUUGAUGUGUCUCCCACUCUGGGGAAAGCCCUUAGAUGAUAAAUGUGCCCCUGCCAUUAUUACUUUAGAUAAUAUCAUUUAAAUAGGAACCGGUCGGUGUACACGGUGUGUAGAUGAAUGGUUAUUUUGUCUUCACAAGAAUCCCAAGUCCUCCCUUUUUGGAAAGACGAAAAUGCCACAGGGAACAGCUGUUACCUUGUGGUAAAUGUUUGACAACUUCUCUAGCAAUUCACCUGGUUACAUUUUUUUUACUUGCUGUAAAUAAAUGCAUCUAUAUAAUACAAGCCAGGGCCAAGCAUUUAUCAGUAAAAGAGGAAUCAGGCUUCAUGAGACAAACAUAUGAAGAUGAUACUGUGUGUAUAGUACGUUUUUAAUUUUUUUUUUAUAGUGCUAUAAAUGAUAGUAAUGGCUUUAUAGUUUUGAUCAAAUUAAGCAUUAGUUUAUGGUUACAAAUGUUUUAGAAGGUUAAUUUUGUUUACUACAAGGAACCUCGCAUGAUUUCCAGGUCGGGAGAUGUAUUAAACAAGGCUGUCUGAUAUCUCCAGCAACAGAAAUGUGUUUCAUUUCAAUAUACUGAAAAAGUUGUUUGGACACACCUUCUCCUUCAUUUUUUUAUGUUUAUUAUUUUCAACAUUGUACAUUAAUAGUGAAGACACUGUUAAUACAACGACAAGUCGUCACAUCUGGUUUGCACUUAGUGGGGUCAUCAUUUAUUUUUUUCAACAAGCAAAGGUUUCCAAACACACCUCUAGGUUAUACAGCAUAAAAGCUAUUUAUUUACUUUAUGCAUACUGAUUAAAUGCUGCAUCAUAUGACCUGGUCUCUGUAAUCACCCAAUCAAAAUUCUAAAACCAGUUCAAAUUGUUUGGGAAUGAGUUGGACUGAGGAGUGAAGGAAAAGCAGCCAACAAGCACUUAACACCUGUGGGAACUUCUUAAGAGUGUUGGAAAACCAUUCCAGGUGACCGAGAGAAUGCCAAGAAUGUGUAAAGCUUUCAAAUCAAAAUGUGAUUACUUUGAAGAUUCAAAAUAUAAAACAUUUCUGGGUAAUUUAAAACGUUUUUAAUUACAUAAUUCCAUAUGCAGCAUUUUUUUUUUCAUUUUGGA